GUUUUUAAAUAAAAACAUACGUGGAAAAAACCCAAGCAUAGAUCAAUUUUGUGGAUCUUGUUCGAAUAGGUUAAAUAUACGUUAUGUCCACCUAUCCCUUAUUCUAUUUACGUUUCUUAAAGCCGCCCCCAACAGACUGUUAUGUUGGGCAGCAUUUCACCAUUGUUUGGACGAUCGAAAAUGAUUUAGGAGAUCAGACGUACUUGGAACCUGUAACCGUCAACUUAUCUCUCCACACCAGUCGAGUGAGCCCUGGUAAUGACGACCAACAAUUAGGCUUACGUUUACUAAACUCAAAUGAAUCGACAAGAACCAAAAGAAAAAAGGCUUCUCCAUAUCCGCCUCAUGAUAAAUUAUCAUCCACCACGGCAACAGCAGCCAAACGUGAUAUUACAACCAUUUUUGAUCCGUUCCGCGGGGGUGGUAUGGUUACUAAACUGGUGGUUGAGGAACUGCCGCUUAAUAUCAGCCAUAAAAAGGAACCUCUUCCAUUGGGUACAAAAGUUGCUGUACAGUUGAGUAUGGCAUUAUCCAAUUUGGAUACAAAUAGCAGCCAUAAAGUUUGGCAAGGCGCUUACCCGCUCCAUUCAAACAUUUGGAUCAUACCUGCUUGGUCUAUACCCAUCACGGCGACUGUAGUCAAACAGCGUCAUGAAAAAGCCGCGAAAAGUGGCAAUCAAGCCGAAAGAGUAUUAUGCAUACCCUGCGACCCACACCGUCAACAGCUUGUAAGGAUUAGAGAAGAUGCUGUACAGAGUAUUGCUCGGCAUGUUUGGGAUUGUGGUAUGGGUAUGUGCUAUUUUUUGAGCGAAUACAAGUUGGAUAUGGAUAAUAUCACUAUUUUAGAACUUGGUAAAGAUACAGGCAAAAAUACUUGCCCAUCGCACAUAUGGAAGUUACCUUUUUGUUGAAAUGCCCUCGUACCUUUCUCUUUGCUCAUUAUAUUACCACAGGAAGCGGGACAGGCUUGGUUGGCAUUUUCGCG